AUGAUGGGAACGUUUAGAUUACCAUGUAAUUAUGAAUGGCAUACAUCAGAAUGGUCAAAAUGUAGUACGGAAUGUGGUCAUGGACAUAAUUCAAGACGUGUGGUAUGCGCUAUCCAUCAGUUAGGUGAUCUUGCAGUGGUAGAUGAUGGACAUUGUAAUUUAAAGAAUAAACCAGAAAAAAUUAAAAAUUGUACAAAUGAAGAGAAAUGUAAUGGAACAUACUAUACAGGUCCAUGGAGUAAAUGUUCAGCUGAAUGUGGUGGCGGAACGCAGUAUCGAAUGAUUGUUUGCUUAAAUUAUGAUAAAAAACCUGUUCCGGAAUGGUGUGAUGAAGCGGAAAAACCACCAGAGGAACAGGAGUGUAACGUAGAAGCUUGUCCAACAUGCGAUGAUAGCGAAUUUGGAUGUUGUCCGGAUAAUGUAACGAUUGCAACCGGUCCAUAUUUGGCGGGAUGUUCAAACUGUUCCAGUUCCAUGUUUGGCUGCUGUAAUGAUAAUAUAACGGAAGCACAAAGCAUUAGCAGAGAGGGAUGUGCCGAAUUCGUUGAGAUUGAAGGAAGUGGUGAAGAAAGCGAACAAUUCGUUAAAUCUCGUGAGGAUGAACUUUGCGAAGUAGUAAAUGAUGAAACUGGUGAGAAAGCAAUGAUUGCAUGUGGGAAUGAUACCAUCGAUAAUAGAAGUGGUACCAUCGAUGCUAUUGAAAAAUUAUUGUUAGAUGUUGAAGACUUAUUUUUCAAUGGUACUUAUGAUAAUGAGACAAAACAUUGCACGCAAACAGAAUUUGGUUGCUGUCCAGAUUGGACAGCAAUUGCUGAAGGGAAAAAUAACGAAGGCUGUCCACAAUUUGUGCUUGGUAG